AUGGUGGAUAUUCUUUUUCCUCAUCCUUUCCCGGGGGCUAUGGGGGAUCCUUCCAAAAAAAAGCCCGGGAUCGCCAUGUGUGUGGGCUGCGGGAGCGAAAUCCACGACCAGUACAUCCUGAAGGUCUCCCCGGACCUGGAGUGGCACGCGGCGUGUCUGAAAUGCGCGGAUUGUAGCCAGUAUUUGGACGAGACCUGCACUUGUUUCGUGCGCGAUGGCAAAACCUAUUGCAAAAGAGAUUAUAUCAGGCUCUUCGGCGUGAAGUGCGCCAAGUGCGCGGGCGGCUUCAGCAGCAGCGACCUGGUGAUGCGCGCCCGCGACCACGUCUACCACCUGGAGUGCUUCCGCUGCUCGGUCUGCAGCCGCCAGCUCCUGCCGGGCGACGAGUUCUCGCUGCGGGACCACGAGCUGCUCUGCCGCGCCGACCACAGCCUGCUGCUCGACCGCGCCGCCGCCGACCACAGCCCCCCGCGCAGCCCCGGGCACCUGCAGGCAGCCAGGCCGGGCCUCCAGCUGGCAGACUCGGUGCCCGGGCGGCAGUCCUCGCUGCGUCCCCACGUGCACAAGCAGGCGGAGAAGACGACGCGGGUGCGGACGGUACUGAACGAGAAGCAGCUCCACACGCUGCGCACCUGCUACGCGGCCAACCCGCGGCCGGACGCGCUGAUGAAGGAGCAGCUGGUGGAGAUGACGGGCCUCAGCCCGCGGGUCAUCCGCGUCUGGUUCCAGAACAAGCGCUGCAAGGACAAGAAGAAGUCCAUCCUCAUGAAGCAGCUGCAGCAGCAGCAGCACAGCGACAAGGCGAGCCUGCAGGGCUUAACUGGGACACCCCUGGUAGCUGGCAGCCCGAUCCGCCAUGACAGUGCUGUGCAGGGCAACGCCGUGGAGGUGCAGACCUACCAGCCUCCUUGGAAAGCGCUCAGCGACUUCGCCUUGCAAAGUGAACUCGACCAGCCCGCCUUUCAGCAACUGGUCUCCUUUUCAGAAUCCGGCUCCUUGGGGAACUCGUCUGGCAGCGACGUGACCUCCUUGUCUUCUCAGCUCCCGGACACGCCCAACAGCAUGGUUCCUAGCCCGGUGGAGACGUGAGGCCACCCAUUCCCCCCAUGGACGUGCGCAUGCUCCUGCCCCCUUUGCAUGAGAACCUGAUCUCCGAACAGAACUCGACUCUUUAAAUUAUUUAUCUUUAUUUAAAACCUUGUUCUUCCCUAAUCCAUUUUUGGCUGUAAACAUCUCCGGGCUCUGCCGUCUUCUCCAGCCCACAAGUGGAAAAAUACAGGGCGAGGCCUUCUGAAAGAGUCCAUGUUUCUCCACGCUGGAUUUUUGCUAAAAUUAGCCGUAAAUCAUGUAACAGUAGAAUACAUUUCCCCUUUUUCUUUUGGAAGAGGACUCCUUGAUGAACCCGGCGCUUGGGCUGGCUGGAGCCGGCUCUAUCAUCUCAGACUCGCUACUAUGUCAUGUUCAUCUCGACCACCUCCACGCUUUCCCCCACCAAACACCACGUGGCUUCAUCCCAUCUGACACUCGCCACCGGAUGUCUGGAGAAAUCUUGAACUUUUUCAUUUUAUUUUGCUUGGUGGCUCGGGAGGGGGACCGGCAUUCUUCCUGCCCCCAGAUCUGCAUGAUCGUUGGACCCAGUGUUUUUGUUUCUACCCCUCCCCUCUUGCCAAUGUUAAAUUAUCGUAUGGAUGGAGGAGGGGCAGCUAAAACCUUUGCAGACCAAAGUAAAUUAUUGUUAUUUAUUAUUGCAGCAGCAGGUAAUGGUGGGAUCGAUAUUUUGACGUUACU